GUCCCCCUCCCCAGGCCUGAGCAUUCCCAGCACUGGCAGCCACUCCCAGCAUUCCAAGCUUCCAAGCAAGGCUCGACCUUCGACCCCUUUCCCACCAGUCCACUCCAAACCCACAGUCCGCAGCCCAUAGUCCACAAGUCCACAGUCGACACCUCUGCCUGUCUGACGCCAGCGAACCGAGUGUCCUCACCUCACCACCAUCAUCGCCAAACAUCCUUCGUCAUCUUGGGCAAUUUUUCGCUUCCGCCCUGUCUGUGCGUGCCAUUGCUUUGAUCAAGCUGAGGCCCGUCCUUGCCGCCAACACGACUCGGCCGGACUGCCGAGCAGAGCGAAACCCUGCGCAACCACAGCCCGAACAAUCAGCCCUCAGCCCUCGAGCCCUCGAGCCCUCGCUCGACCCUGCCCAGCCCUGAUCUGACCUGGCCUGACACGACCAAACCUAGCCUGCACAGGACUAGCACCACUGUCACACUCGGCAAAAACUCCUCGAGCUCGUCUUCUGCGUCUCUCAUCCUCGCCCUCGUCCUGCUGCUGCUGCUGCCGCCGCCGCCUCUUGAUGGGUUGACAAGCCAGCAAUCCCGCCCUCCUUUGACUCGAGCUCCAGUUGCAUCCAACGGCUUGACCGCCAUCCAGCGACAUCCACCGACUCUUUUGAACCCUCCCACCCCUGGCAGACGUGGCCCACCGGACCCGGCUCCUACCGCCGACUCUUACUCCCGACACAAGUCACAAAACGUCCUUCCACCAAAAUACCACUCUGGGAUAAUCGCCAAAUGACGAUUAUCCCACAGCGCUGCUAGACGGCUAGAUAAACAAAUGAUGCUGCGACGGCCUCCUGGCGAGGGACGGCAUGUCGUCCAGCAACCAAACAACAGGAAGUUCUUCUGGGUCCUCGCUGCCCUGCUGCUGCCCGUCCUCCCUCUCGUCGAAGCUGUCGACUUCCACUCCGUCGAGCAUCAGCCACAACCACCUGCUCUUGCCUCGCCAUCUCUAGCUGCCCCUCGCGCUGCCGACCCUCACCCUCACCCGCAUCCCCAUCCCGCCGAUCAACAUGGCAAGCCUGCUAGAGCCAGGCCUCAGGCCCGCCACGAGUCCCCCCUCGAGGGGGACGGUGUCAUCCGCAAUCUUGCUGCGACUGCGCUGACACAACCCGAAGUCGACACCCCGCACUCUGCCUCGCGCAGGAAGAGAACCAACACACAAUCCAUCAAGGAAGAACACCCCCCAUACAGACAACAACAACAUCAACAACAACAAAACAUCCAACCCUACGAUGCGAGCGCUAUCUCUGCUGCGGCUCCGGACCUAUCCCAAGGGCGGUCCGUCCGAGCCCCUUCACCGUUGACCCCCGACAGGUCGAUUAAUGAUUGGGAAGUGGAAGAUUUUGUUCUUUUGGCGACCAUCGAUGGAGACCUUUACGCCGCCGACCGGAAAAGUGGCAAGGAGCGCUGGCACAUCUCCCUCGGCCAGUCCAUGGUCGAGACAAAACACCACCGCCAGGUCAAAUCACCCGCAGAUGCCGACUCCACCAUCUGGGACCAGAGCGUCUGGGCCAUCGAACCCACCGGCGACGGCGAGAUCUACAUGUACGCCCCCGGCAAGACCGAGGGCGUCAUGGCCACCGGCUUGUCCAUGAAGCAGCUCGUCGAGAAGAUGUCGCCCUACGAGAACAAGGAGUACGGCCUCGUCUACACGGGCAAGAAGGAGACCAACAUUCUCGCCCUCGAUGCUGCCACCGGCCGUGCCAUCCGGUGGUUCGGGCCAACCGCAUCCACUGCCGAGGAUUAUGAUAGCUGCCCCCGCCCUCUGGACCCAGUGGCUAGCGCCGACUCCGAGGAGUGCUAUGGCGGCACCAUCACCUUGGGGCGCACAGAAUACACUGUCGGUAUCUCCAACCCACGUGGGUACCCUGUGGCUACGCUUAAGUAUUCCGAGUGGAGUCCGAACAUCAAGGACGAGGACCUGAUGCGGCAGUAUUCCACCACAAUGGACAAGCUCUACAUCACCAGUCGACACGACGGCCGCGUUUAUGGUAUCGACUACAACGGAAACGCUGAGCGCCGUAAUUCCUUCGUCGAGCAUCUCCCGACCCCGAUCGCCAGGGCCUUCGACGUCAUUCGCCCGGCUCGCACCGACAACCAGUACGAAGAGGACGAGAAGAACCCGGAGCUCAUCGCCCUGCCGCAGCCCGCUCUCCCGGCCAAGGACGAGCACGAGGCUCUGGUGCGGAGCGGUGCUAUACUCCUCGACCAGAUUGCCGGCAACUGGUAUGCCAUGUCUGCUCGGGCGUACCCUCUGGUGACCAAAGCUCCAGUAGCCCCCAUAACCGAGCUCGACUGGUUCCAGGGAGACGAGAAGCUUUCCGAGGUUUUGGUGGGCCAGCAUUUUCUUGGCAAGCCAUGGACCAGACCCCGGAUUCCACUCCUACCAGGGUCCUCCAACCCGGCAGGCUCAGAUGUGCCCCAGCUGGAUGGCCCUCGGGAGGAUCACCCGGAUGUCCCCACUAUUGUGACUGAUGCCCCUAGCCCCAGCAGCACUGUCAUCGAGAGGGUCAAGAAGCUCCCUCAGGAGGCGGCCAACAGUGCCAUCGAGGCGUUCACCAACCCCUUCGUCGCCCUGCUCUUCAUGACGGCCCUCUUUGUGUAUCGCCAUGAGAUUAUUCGCCGCGUCAAGGGGGUGCCGAAACAAUCGUUGCGGUGGACAAAGGGCGUCCUAAAACAACAAGGCUUCAACGUUGACCUGGACGACGACUCAUCAGACGAGACACCGGAGACUCAAGUCGCUGAAAAUGACCAAGCAAACGAGAGGCUCCCGGCCGAGCAGGUCGGCGCCGCGAGGGAGGCAGUCAAUCUUGGUGACGAUACGCCCCCUGACCCAGCCACUCCUCGCGCUCCAAUUGACAUCGCUGCGCCCAUCCAAGGUCAGGGUGACAUCCCGGUGGAUGCAGCGCAGGCUCCUCCCGAGCCGAAGAAGAAGAAGGCUCACCGCGGUCGGCGUGGGGGAAAGCAACACCGCAAGAACAAGAAGGGCGAUAAUGGCAAUGGGUCCGCCGAAGAUGAGGCACUUAACGACGUGGAGGAAGCAGUGAACAUGGCCAAGAAACUGGGCGAAACGGCCCGGGGGCCCGAGCCUGAUAUCCAGACGGUGCCUGACGACGUAGGGAACGUGUCCGUCCCAAUCCUCAAGAUCGAUGACAGCCUCGAGGUCAUCCAAGAGCAGCAGUUGGGCACGGGCAGCAACGGAACCAUCGUCUUCGCCGGCAAGUGGCAAGACCGGCCAGUGGCGGUCAAGCGAAUGCUGCGAUCGUUCUACGACAUUGCAACGCGUGAGACGCGGCUGCUGCGCGAGGUCGACCUGCACCCUAACGUCAUCCGUUAUUAUGCCCAGCUGGAGCGUGGUGACUUCAUUUACAUAGCCCUGCAAUUAUGCGAGGCGUCGUUGGCGGAUGUUGUGGAGAAGCCAUCACACUUCCGUGCGCUGGCGGAGCUCGGAUCCAAGAACCCGCUCGGGGUACUGAAGCAGAUCACAAAGGGGCUGGACCAUCUCCAUUCUCUGCAAAUUGUCCAUCGUGACCUGAAGCCACAAAACAUUCUCAUCACUACUGAUAUGGAUGGCGAGCCUCUCAUAUUGGUUUCCGACUUUGGUCUUUGCAAGAAGCUGGAGAAUGGCCAGUCAUCUCUCGGUGCUACCACAGCCCACAACGCCGGUACAGCUGGCUGGCGGGCCCCGGAGCUCUUACACGACGACGACGCCGCGCCUGGCCCGAUGCUGGUAGACGCAAGCUCCACGCAUAGUGGCACCGCGAGCAGCAGCCAGCAUCAGGGUGAGAACCGGCGACGCGUGACGCGAUCGAUUGACAUCUUCUCUCUCGGCAUUGUCUUCUUCUACGUGCUCACACAGGGCUCGCACCCGUUCGACUGCGGCGGCUCCUUCAUGCGGGAGGUCAACAUUCGCAAGGGCACCUACAGCCUCGAUAGGCUCGAGGUGCUGGGCGAGUACCAGCGCGAGGCCACGCACCUGAUCUCAAAGAUGAUCAGCGCGAACCCCAAGGAGCGCCCGAAGACUAAGGAUAUUCUGGUGCACCCGUUCUUCUGGUCUGCCGAGAAGCGUCUGACCUUCCUUUGCGACGUAUCAGACGCUUUCGAGCGCGAGCCACGUGACCCGCCCAGCCUGGCCCUCCAAGCCCUCGAGGAGGGCGCACACGAGGUCAUACCGAACGGGGAUUUCCUCUCUCGCCUGCACAAGGAUUUUGUCAACUCGCUCGGCAAGCAGCGCAAGUACACGGGGUCUCGCCUGCUUGACCUGCUGCGCGCGCUGCGCAACAAGAAGAACCACUUCCGCGACAUGCCGGAGGCGCUGCAGGAGAAGAUCGUCGGGCACCGCGCCAUGGAGGAAGGCUAUCUGCUUUACUGGACCACGCGGUUCCCCGACCUACUGCUCUACUGCUGGAACGUGGUCCGACACGAGGACGUCGGGUUUGAUGAGGACAUCCAGCUGAGGAAGUACUACCAGCUCAGGAAGGCGGACUAGACCCUGAUCCGCCUUGGGAGGAAUACAAGAAUGCAAGAGGAAGGAGGGGCUGGAGGACUGGAGGAAUAUUUUUUGGAACAUAAAAGAAAGGUGUGGUUGGUUGGUUGGUUGGUUUGUCGGUCGGUUAUAACCGGGUACCUAGGUGGUGAAAAUGAAUGAUGCAAUGCCCAGUUGGGCUGAUGGGAAUCAUGCCCGGCGUGGGUGGCUGGGUUCUAGGAUCAAAAUGGUGUAACUGGACUGAAUUGGAGGUUGCCCCCAUGGCGGGGUUGGGGAUGGGGAUCAGGAAGUAUGUAGUGAAAGAUGAAUGUGCAAUGAACGAAGUUCACGAC